CUUUUGCUUGAGGUUAUGUGAGAACUGCAAAAUAAAUAUUUAUUUAUUUUAUUAAAUUAAUACUAUUAAUUUAUUGCCUAUUAUUUUGGCACUCAUUAACGCCUUCUAUGUAGCUCAGAUAUAAUUAGCAAGAAAGAUCAGGACAUUGGGAAAAUAGGAUGGAAGAAGUUGAUAAAAUUAUCAUAGACUCCUUAAGACAUCUUAGCUGCGAUGUGGAAAGAGGAAUUACUAGUUUAAAAGACUUCGAUGCAGAUUUAGUUGUAAUGGCAAUAACAAGUUGUCUACAAGCAAUAAACCCUCAACUAAAACUGCCCAGAAAAUUGCCAUCUUCAAUGAGCGCCCGUAUAAAGUUCGCCUCUAGUCUAGCUCAGCAAAUUACGGAAUUCGGCUUCAAAGGCGACAUGGGAUAUCAAACAAUUCUAUAUUGUAAUGAGGUGGAAGUACGGCGCGUUCUAAUGUUUCUAUUGGAGCGGUUGCCCAAGGAAGCCAAUGCCGCUGCAUCUGCGGAACCAAUUGGAUACGUUCCUAAGGUAGUAAAGCAGAUAGAAGAUACUUUGAGACACUCUUUGACCAAGAUGUGGAUUCCAUCUGAAGCUCUGCACUUUGGAGCUCGGCCUAUUGAACACGGAUUUCUCGUUAACAGUUUUGGUAACAGUGUCCCCCUUCAUGGCAUCAACCUAAUUGUUGCGGAUGAAACCACUGAUCCAGAAACAGCCUCAUUCAUUCCAAAUGUGAUAGAACAAUGUUCAACGCCUAGACAACUGUUGCCUUCCCUUCUAUUUCCGCCCAUAGAUUACUCGGGCAUGCAAAACUGGCAGCAGUCAGCUGUAAGUGAGCCUUUAGCGCGUGAUUUAUCAAGAGAGUUGUUGAAUAGCGCAGCAAUUGAAAAAUUGGACAGCCCGAGUGCAGCUGGAGAUAGAAAAGAGUACAUAAAUCGCAAUUCCCCUCAGCAUAAAGCGGAACCUUUAUUAAAUACCCUAAAGGAGGAGAAGGAGAGUUUGGAUGAAAUGCAAAAAGCUGUUAAAGAAUGCGAAGAGAACUUGUUAAAGCUCAAAUCCCAACGAGAACAGGAACAAACUAUACUCAAAGAAUUAGUAGCUAAAGUUAAAGUGAAAAACAAAACAAUGGCAGUUCUCAGCAAUGAGGAGAACAUAGUUAAACUGGAGAAUCUAAUAAAAAAGGGUGAAAAUCGAUUGGUUGAAUUGGCCAAUCAAUGGGACGAAGUACAAGCACCGCUGUUGGAAGAGCAGAAAGCGUUAAAAAGUUCUGAAACUCGGUACACUGAAUUACAGACCUUGAAGAAAGCCUAUAAAGAAGUUAUGACGGACCUGAAAGAGAAAACUGCUCUAGAGCAGAAGCUCAUUCUAAAAUGUAAAGAUCUGAAUAAUAAAAACAACAGGGCUGCAUAUACAAAGAGAAUACUGGAAAUAGUAGGAAAUAUUCAGAAACAAAACAAGGAAAUCCAAAAAAUCAUUUCGGAUACCAGGCAAGUUCAAAAGGACAUCAGUAAUUUGACUGGGCAAGUGGAUAGAUCUUUCACUUUAAGCGACGAAAUGAUUUUCCAUGAUUGCAAGAGUGACGAAUCAGCCAGAAAGGCCUACAAAUAUUUAGCGGCCUUAAGGGAAGAAUGCAAUGGAAUUCUGCAGGCAGUUUCGAAUAUUGGUCAAGCUGAGCGAGAGCUGAGAAACUUGGAGGAACAGAUAGAAACAGAAAAAAAUAAAGACAUUCGCGAUAAAUUGGACAAAGUCCAGAGAGACUUGACUGAAAUGAAAAAUGAAAUUGAAGUACUGAUGCGAUAGCUAUCCAAUAAGCCAACUUCGAAUUUUGCUAAACAGGGUGACACACAGAACCUAAAUUGCUUUGCUAUGAAAAUGCAAAACUUUAAACGCUAAUUUCUGAUGGAAAUUACAACAAAUGGAACAAAUUAUAUCACCAUUGUUGUAGACUUUCCGCGACCAUCACGAAUUGCAAUAAACAAAUAUGAAAUUAUUAUUUUACUCAAGAAAAUAUACACAACGUUAUAAGUUUAA